AUGGCUGAGAAGCAGCAGGCCCAGAGCCUCAAGGACGUCAAGGCCGCCGAGGAUGGCCUCGAGCCAACAAAGUCGUUUACGGCGGGCGAGGUCGAGCUCCUCGACGAGUCGGCGGCGUUCCUCUACGAGAACAACAUCACCGACGAGUACCUUGCCGAGCUCGUCAACGACAAGGAGAUGAACCGCCGGCUCGUGCGCAAGAUCGACCUGACCAUCCUGCCCCUGCUCGCCGGCACCUACGUGCUGCAGUACAUCGACAAGCAGGCGCUGUCGUACGCCGCCGUCUUCGACCUCUUCGACAGCACAGGCGUCACGCAGACGCAGUACUCGUGGUUCGCGAGCAUCUUCUACCUGGCCUACCUCGUCGCCGAGUACCCCUGGGUCUACGUCGCCCAGAAGACGCGCAUGGGCAAGGUCGUCGCCGGUUGCGUGCUGUCGUGGGGCUCCGUGCUGAUGAUCACGGCCGCGUGCUCCAACUUCCCGGGCCUCGCCGUGUGCCGCUUCUUCCUCGGCGCGUUCGAGGCGCCCAUCACGACCUGCUUCAUGAUGAUGGUGUCCAUGUGGUACGUCCGCGCUGAGCAACCGUUCAGGGCCGGAAUCUUUUACUGCUGCAACGGCGUGGGCUCCAUGCUCGGCGGCAUCCUCAGCUACGGCAUCGGCCAGAUCAGCGGGUUCCCCGUGUGGAAGGCCGUCUUCAUGAUCUGCGGCGGCAUCACCGUCAUCUGGGGCGGCGUGCUGCUCAUCUUCCUACCGGACAGCAUCCUCAGCGCCAAGCGGUUCACACUCGAGGAGAGGGCGCUGCUCGUCGGCCGCGCACGCCUCGCCCGGACCGGCGUCCUCAACAAGACCAUCAAGUGGUACCAGGUCAAGGAGGCGUGCCUCGACCCGCAGGUGUGGCUGCUGACGCUCUUCGUGCUGCUCAACGAGGUCAUCAACGGGGGCGUCGCCAACUUUGGCAAGCUCAUCAUCAAGGGCCUCGUCUCGGACCCGCUGCUCACGACGGCGCUCGGCAUCCCCCAGGGCGCGUUCCAGGUCUUCUGGAUCCUGUCCGGGACCUACACGGCGACGCGGUUCCGCAACCACCGCACGACCGUCAUGGCCGUGUGGCUGAUCCCGACCAUCAUCGGCUGCUGCAUGAUCUGGAAGCUCGACCGCACGCACUACAAGAUCGGCGUGCUGUUCGGCUACUACCUCAUCGGCUGCUUCGUCGCGUCGCUCGUGCUCGCGCUACAGAUGCCGGCGACGAACCUGGGCGGCUACACCAAGCGCAUCACGGCCUCGGCCAUCGUCUUCACGGCCUACUGCGUCGGCAACAUCAUCGGCCCGCACGCCUUCCUGGCCCGGGAGGCGCCGCUGUACCAGACCGGGUGCAAGGUCAUCCUGGCCUGCUCCGCCGCGCAGAUGGUGAUUGCCGUCUCCCUGCGCUUGAUGCUGAUCCGGCGCAACAAGGCGAGAGACGCGGCAGCGGCGGCGGCGGGGCAUGCGCCGGAUGCCGAGCACGAGGACGAGGGCGUUGAUCUGACUGAUAUGGAGAACCCCAACUUCCGUUACGUAUUGUGA